GCAUCAGUUUUCAAUUUGGAAGCAAAAGCAAAACAAAGCAAUCAAGUGAAGUAAGAAUUAACGAAGAACAAAAAUAAAAUCGUUGAACCAACUCAAUACCGUUGUGAAGAAAUAAGAGUUUAAAUAUAUAUACAAAGAAUUUAAGUAAAAUAUAAAAAAUCAAAGCAAAAUGUCCUCACUUCAACUUCUUUUGGAUUUGGCUGAAAACUUGGAGAGCAUGUCAUCGCCAUACUACGGAAGCGACUUCGGGCUGGGAAUAAAUCCACACAUCAUUCACCGUAGUCAUCGUCCAAGUGUAUUCCGUUUGCCGCUGGCUUUGGCGAACCGCAUGGAAGAUUGUCCUGCUAUGAUGCUUCGCUCGAAAGGUGCCAACCAAAACUCGGCAGUGUCGAAUGUCGGCAAGGAUGGGUUCCAAGUGUGCAUGGACGUGCAGCAAUUUAAGCCAAGUGAACUUUCUGUGAAAGUGGUAGACAAUGCUGUGGUGGUGGAAGGCAAACACGAAGAACGAGAAGAUGACCAUGGGUACAUUUCGCGGCACUUCGUACGCCGUUACACACUUCCAAAGAACUACGACUCAGAUAAAGUAAUGUCCACUCUGUCAUCGGAUGGCGUGUUGACUGUGAGCAUUCCAAAACCUGCCAUAGAAGACAAAUCAAAUGAGAAGAUCAUCCAAAUUCAACAAACGGGACCAGCUCACCUGAACGUAAAAGACAACAAUCAGGAAUCCAAAACAAAAAAUACUGCCAACGGUGCUGAAAAAGCACAGAAUGGACAAACAAAGGCCUAAACCAUGUUCAUUCCUAAGCUUAAUGAAAAAGCUAUUUUAGACUGAUUAUUCCUAUUUGUUACUUAUGUUAUUUAUUGUUUUGUCUGUUGUCCGUAAAAAAUAAAAAAAAUCCUAUAAAUAAAAUAUUU